AUGGCUGAGAACUUGAUUGACGUUGUGUUGCCUUCAAAUUUGACAGAACCUCUGAAAAAUGCAAGUGAUACAAACAAGCAAGUGUUCGACUUUAUUUGUACAGGAGUUCAGUACAUUCCGGGGAUUGCCAGUAAUGAAACAGUCCAUGGUCUGUACGAAUUUAGUGUUAAGUACAGCCGCAUACAUGGUUACAUAGCCGUGGCGGUCUGUCUGUUCGGAGUACUGUCCAAUUCUGCCAACAUCAUUGUUCUCACUCGGAAGAACAUGGCGUCCAUUGCUGAUCUUCUGACGAUGAUUGAUUACCUUCCCUUUGCAAUUCAUUUCUACAUAAUGAAACCAGUUGACACGAAAGGUCCACCUUUUAGCACACCUGAAUAUACUUGGAUAUGCUUCCUGCUGUUUCACGCCAGCUUUAGUAUCGUGUGUCAUACAGUCGCCAUUUGGCUCACCAUAGCAUUGGCGAUCUUCCGUUACAUUUUUAUAUGUAAGCCAACCAGAGGGUCAUUUUACUGCAGCCAACAACGGGCGUGCUUUGUCGUUGUGAUUGUUAUUAUUUUAACGAUGAUUCUGUGCAUUCCAAAUUACGCCGUCAAUACCUUCAAUUACCACCCUGGGACAGAUACUAUUCACACUCUACACAAUAACUCACUGGUGGAGCAUAUCAAUACAAAUUUUGAUUCCUUUUACUUUCCAGAUAUCAAAAAAGACUCAAACAUCAAUAAAGUGACCCAUCUGGUAAACAGCUGGGUACAGGCAAUUCUGAUCAAGUUGGUUCCAUGCUUUAUGUUAGUAACAUUAACCCUUUUGCUUCUGCACGCCAUGCAUAAGGCGUACCGGAAGCGGCUAAAGUUGAAGUCCCAGGGUCGCAGAGCCGAGUCAGAUAAGCACGGAGAACACAAUAGAACCACAGGAAUGCUUCUGGCUAUUGUAGUCCUCUUCACCGUAACAGAACUACCGCAGGGUAUUCUCACACUGAUGAAUAUCUUCGUUCCGUGCUUCACGGAUGCUGUCUACUACAAACUCGGCGAUCUUUUGGAUAUUAUGGCUCUCAUAAAUAACUCUGUCAAUUUCGUUCUCUACUGCACGAUGAGCAAACAAUUUAGAACGACCUUCGCCGCAAUCUUCUGCCCAUCUCAGCCUUCCUCGAGACCUGGCUGGCUCAAAAUGAAACUUACACCUUCCCAGUACAAAAGUAAAUCCUCUAUCGAGACUAGGGACACGGCUACCAAUCUGAGAAAUGUUUCCGUCACUAGCAGACAGCCUGACAAAAUGGCGCCAGAAAGCAUAGGAAACAGUGUACAAUGUAACACGACCGAAGUCGCAGUUUCUCAUAUGAACAAUGAAAGGAGACCGCUUCCAUUAACUAGUAGUAACGGAAUAUCCACACAUACACAUGGUUACUCUCCGGAUCAUAGCUACGUUUAA